GGGCAGAGCCGCGCAGAGCCGGGAGGGACGGAGCCGCGACGGGACGCGCCAUGCGCUCCUGAGCAGGGCCGUGCCGUGCCGCGCCGCGCCGUGCCGUGCCGCGCCGUGCCGCGCCGCGCCGCGCCGCCCAGCAUGGCCCCCUGGCUCUGGCCGUGCCUGCUGGCCGCCCAGGCCCUGGCCGCCAACUUCCCCCCCCGGUACAGCCUCUACACCGGGGGGGCCGCCCCGCUGAGCCCGGCGCAGGCCGCGGCCCACGGCGGCGCCCGGGCCGCCGGCCGGCACAGGAACUGGUGCGCCUUCGUGGUGACGCGCAGCGUGAGCUGCGUGGUGGAGGACGGCGUCGAGAGCUACGUGAAGCCCGACUACCAGCCGUGCGGCUGGGGGCAGCUCCAGUGCCCCCGCGUCCUGGCGUACCGCAGCUUCCUGCGUCCCCGCUACAAGGUGGCCUACAAGACGGUGUCGGAGCUGGAGUGGCGCUGCUGCCAGGGCUACGCGGGCGAGGACUGCGCCGAGGGGCCGCCGCCGGGCGCCCCGCCGCCCACCAGCCGCCCCCAGCCCCGGCCCCAGCCCGGCCGCCCCACGCUCUCCGGCUUCGGCAACCCGCUCAGCGGCCUGGGGGGUGAAGGCGGCGGGCAGGCGGAGCGGCUGCGGCGGCUGGAGGAGACGGCGCGGCGGCUGAGCGGGCAGCUGGAGGAGCUGCGGGGCGGGCCGGGCGCCGAGCCCCCCGGCGAGGCGCUGCGCGACCUCCGCCGGCGCCUCGAGCGCCUGGAGCAGCGCGCCCGGCCGGCCGGGGCGCCGGCGCAGCCCGAGCGCCGCCCCGAGCAGCCCUGCGACGCCUGCGUGGCCGGCACCGAGGGGCUGCGCCGGCAGCUGGCCGAGGACCGGGAGCGCAUGCGGGCGCUGGAGGAGCUGGUGGCCUCCGUGGACCGGCGCAACCGGGAGGCGGUGGAGACGGUGCAGCGGCACGUGAGCAGCCUCAGCGGGCGCCUGGCCCCGGAGGCGGCGGCGCCGCUGGACGCGCUGCGCCGGCGCCUGGCCGAGCUGGAGCGGCGCCUGGAGGCGGCGGGGACGGGCUCGCCGCCGGCGCCGGAGCUGUCCCGCCGCCUGGACGAGCUGCAGGGGCGCCUGGAGGCCUUGCAGCCGGCCGGCGCGGUGAGCCGGGCGCUGGAGGCGCUGGAGGAGAGCGGGGCGCAGCGGGGCGCCCGGCUGGCCGAGCUGGAGGGGCGGCUGGCGCGCUGCGGCGGGCCGUGCGCCGGGGCCGACGAGGAGCGCCGGGAGCGGCUGGCCCGGCUGGAGGCCGAGCUGCGGGCGCUGAGCGCCUGCGCCCGGCCCUGCGCCCCGCCGCCCACGGAGCCCGCCGCCUGGGCGGACGGCUCGGCCGAGCGGCUGGACGGCUUCGGCGUGCUGCCGGUGGCCGGGCGGCCCUCGGAGCUGCAGGCGCUGCAGGACGAGCUGGCCGAGGCGGUGCUGGGGCUCAGCUGGCUCAACGGCACGGUGCAGGGGCUGCAGGACGCCGUGGAGCGGCAGCGCACCGACAUCCAGCAGCUGGACGCCGCCGCCGCCCGCCUGGCCACCGAGCUGGACAAGGCGGCGGCGGCGGCGGCGGAGCGGGCGGCCGAGGGCGAGGAGCGGCUGGCGGGGCUGGCGCGGGAGGCGGCGGCGGCGGCGGCGGCGGCGGGCUGCGGCGGGCCGCGGCGGCGGCUGGCGCAGCUGGAGGAGGCGUGCGAGCAGCUGGCGGCGGUGGCGGGCGGGCUGCGGGGGCUGCGCGAGGGGCUGGGGCGCCACGUGGCCGGGCUGUGGGGCGCCGUGCGGGAGCUCAACGGCACGGCGCGCACCCACGGCGCCCUGCUCGACAAGGCGCUGGACGCCCAGCUGCCGCGCCGCCUCGGCGCCCUCAACGCCAGCCUGCAGCAGCUCCGCGGGGAGCUGCAGAGCCUCGCGCAGCGCCUGCCCGCCGGCCCCCCCGGCCCCCCGGGCCCCGCCGGCCCCCCGGGUGAGAUGGGCCCCCUUGGCCCUGUGGGGCCCCCCGGCAAGGACGGCGAACGAGGCCCCGUGGGGCCCCAAGGCCUGCCCGGAGAGAGAGGCGCCCCGGGCGAGCCGGCGCUCGUGCCCCACGUCGCCUUCUCGGCCGCCCUGAGCGCGCAGCACGCCGAGCCCGGCACCAUCCCCUUCGACCGCGUCCUGGUGAACGACGGCGGCGCCUACGACCCCGAGACGGGCACCUUCACGGCGCCGGUGCGCGGGCGGUACCUGGUGAGCGUCAUCCUGACGGGGCACCGGCGCGGGAGGCUGGAGGCCGUGCUGUCGCGCUCCAACCAGGGCAUCGCCCGCCUCGACUCGGCCGGCUACCAGCCCGAGGCGCUCGAGAACGAGCCCGUGGCCGCGCGGCAGCCCAGCCCCGGCGCCCUGGGCGUCUUCAGCCUCGUGCUGCCGCUGGAGGCAGGCGAGACGCUCUGCGUGGACCUGGUGACGGGGCGCCUGGCCCACGCCCCCGACGAGCCCCUCACCGUCUUCAGCGGCGCCCUGCUCUACGACACCCAGGACGCCUAGGGCCCCCCCGGGGAACCACCCUGGGACCCGCUCCAAGACCCCCCCCGGGAAACCCCCCCAGGGACCCCCCCCGAGGACCUGCUCCAGGACCCCCCCUGGGGAACCCCCCAGAGACCCCCCUGGGGACCCGCUCCAGGACCCCCCCCGGGGAACCCCACAGGGACCCCCCCGAGGACCUGCUCCAGGACCCCCCCUGGGGAACCCCCAGAGACCCCCCUCCCGGGGACCUGCUCCAGGACCCCCUUGGGGAUCCCUCCAGGGACCUGCUCGGGGACCCCCUCGUGGAACCCCUUGGGACUCCCCCCCUUGGGACCCCCCAGGGACCCUCCAGGGAACCCCCCAGGAACCCCCUUGGGGACCCCCAGGGGACCCCCGCAGGGACCCCUUCGAGGAUCCCCUCGGGGAACCCCCUGGGGAACCCCUGGGAACUCCCUCGGGGGCCCCCUUGGGACCCCCCUCAGGGAACUCCUUGGGACUCCCCCCCUUGGGACCCCCGGGGGACCCUCCAGGGAACCCCCCAAGAGAUCCGCUCGGGAACCCCCUCAGGGAACCCCCCGAGAGCCCCCUCGGGGACUCCCCAGGGAUCCCCCCAGGGACCCAUUCGAGGACCCCUUGGGGACUCCCGGGGGACCCACUCUGGGACCCCCCCCCCCCGGGGACCCCCUCGGGGAACCCCCCAGGGAACCCUCGGGAACCUCCUUGGGGACCCCCUUGGAACCCCACCUUGGGGAACCCCCCCGGGGGACCCCUGCGGGGACCCCCCCCUUGGUACCCCCGCCAGGACCCCCCCGAUGGCACCCCCGGACCCCCGACACAGUCCCCCGGACCCCCCCCCUCCCCCGACGCCGCCCCGGCCCGGCUCGCCCCCCCCCCCCCCCACGGCCGCCCCCCUCCCGGCUCGGCCCCGUUAUUUAUCGGCACCCCCCGCCCCCCCACGCUGCCACGCGCCGCCCCCGGCCCCACGCCGCCCCCCACCCCCGAACCCGCCUCCGAAUAAAGACGCGGCACCGGGUUUUUCUA